CAUAAGAAUUAAAAAGUAAUUAAAACUUGCAGAAUGAAAAUAUGGCACAAGCACUGCUUGCAACCCCAGGACCUGAUUGCUUCUUCCGAUUCACUCAGGAGUCACUUGCAGCAAUUGAGCGAAGGAUUGCUGAAGAAAAAGACAAGCAAAAAGUAGAUCAAGAGCCCAGAGAGGAGGACAAUUAUGAAAAGAAGACAAAGCCAAACACUGACUUGGAAGCAGGGAAGCCACUGCCUUUUAUUUAUGGAGACAUUCCUCCACACCUGGUGUCUGAGCCCUUGGAAGACUUGGACCCUUAUUAUGCAAAUAAAAAGACAUUUAUAGUAUUGAAUAAAGGGAAGACUAUCUUCAGAUUCAGUGCCACACCUGCCUUAUACAUGCUGAGUCCUUUCAGUACUCUUCGAAGAAUUUCUAUAAAAAUUUUAGUUCAUUCAUUAUUCAGCAUGUUUAUUAUGUUUACUAUUCUCACAAAUUGUGUAUUCAUGACUUUGAAAGAACCUCCUGAAUGGUCAAAGAUGGUAGAAUACACGUUCACUGGAAUCUAUACAUUUGAAUCUCUCAUAAAAAUUUUUGCAAGAGGUUUCUGUAUAGAUGUUUUUACUUUCCUUCGAGAUCCCUGGAAUUGGCUUGAUUUUCUUGUAAUUUCAUUUGCGUAUGUAACAGAAUUUGUAAACCUAGGCAAUCUAAUUUGGGAUUAUGCCUUUCUCUUUGUUUUAGGCCUGAAGACAAUUGUAGGCGCCCUCAUUCAGUCAGUGAAGAAGCUCUCGGAUGUCAUGAUCCUAACUCUGUUUUGUCUGAGUGUGUUUGCACUAAUAGGAUUGCAGCUGUUCAUGGGUCACUUGAGGCAUAAAUGCUUACUUUGGCCCCUGAGUAACUCUUCUUAUGAAGACCCACGGUUUAUGGAGUACUACAAUGGAACCGAGUUGAUCUGGUCUAAAUAUAUUGAAAAUAAAGACAGCAAUGACUCUUAUACGAAUGAAAAUAUCAUAAGCAACUUUUUUUUCUUAUCAGACCACUUUUAUUUCUUGGAGGGUACGAAUGAUGCCUUGCUCUGUGGUAAUAACUCGGAUGCUGGGCAAUGUCCAGAAGGAUACACAUGUGUGCCAGUUGGUAGAAACCCCAACUAUGGUUAUACAAGCUUUGACACCUUCAGCUGGGCUUUCUUGUCACUCUUUCGGCUCAUGACUCAGGAUUACUGGGAAAACCUUUACCAACUGACGUUGCGGGCUGCUGGCAAAGGAUACAUGUUCUUUUUUGUCGUCGUGAUUUUCCUGGGCUCUUUCUACCUGAUCAACCUGAUCUUGGCGGUGGUAGCUAUGGCCUAUGAAGAACAAAAUCAAGCUAGUAUUGAAGAAGCCCAGCGAAAGGAGGCUGAGUAUCAGCACAUGCUUGAGCAUCUGAAAAAGCAACAAGAGGAAGCUCAGGCACUGGCAGCAGCAGCAGCUUAUAAAGACUUCAAGGAUGAUGGUGCCCUUGGAAGACUUUCCGAAACAUCUUCAGAAUUGUCAAGCUCCAAAAGUGCUAAAGAAAGAAGAAACCGGAGGAAGAAAAGACGGCAGAGAGAAUUGUCUGUUGGAGAAGAUAAAGGGAAUGGCAGAAUGUUUCCAAAAUCAGAAUCAGAUAGUAGCAUCAGAAGGAAGGGAUUUCGAUUUUCCCUGGAAGGAAAUAGACUCACAUAUGAAAGCAGGGUAAUUUCUCCAUACCAGUCAAUGCUGUUUCCCACAAGGCGCAAUAGCAGGGCCAGCUUUUCCAGCUUCAAAGGUCAAACCACCGAAGGAGGCUCAGAUGCUGACAGUGAGCACAGCACCUUUGAAGAGAAUGGAAGCCGGAAUGGUUCCUAUUUUGUCCUACGCAGACAUAGCGAACGGCGCAGCAGUAAUCUUAGUCAGACCAUGUUUCCAAUGAAUGGGAAGAUGCAGAGCAGCGUGGACUGCAAUGGGGUGGUUUCCUUGGUAGGAGGACCACCAGUGCUCCUGUCACCUACUGGACAGCUUCUCCCAGAGAGUACUGCUUCUGAGAUGGAAAGCAAAAAGAGACGGUCCAGUUCUUUUCAAAUAUCGAUGGAUUUGCUGGAAGACCCCACCGUAAGGCAAAGAGCUAUGAGCAUAGCAAGCAUUAUCACAAACACAAUGGAAGAACUUGAAGAAUCAAGACAGAAAUGUCCACCAUGCUGGUAUAAGUUUGCCCACAAUUACCUGAUUUGGAAUUGUUCUGAUAAUUGGUUAGAAAUAAAGAGAAUUGUUCAUUUAAUUGUGAUGGAUCCAUUUGUCGAUCUUGGGAUUACUAUCUGCAUUAUUUUAAAUACACUAUUCAUGGCCAUGGAACAUUAUCCAAUUGAAGACGCCUUCAGUAGUGUUCUUAAAAAUGGAAACCUGAUUUUCACUGGAAUCUUCACUGCAGAGAUGGUCCUCAAAGUAAUUGCCAUGGAUCCUUAUUAUUAUUUCCAAGAAGGCUGGAAUAUUUUUGAUAGCAUCAUUGUCACCCUGAGUUUAAUGGAGCUGGGUCUUCAACAUGUAGAUGGAUUGUCAGUCUUAAGGUCUUUCAGACUGCUUCGAGUGUUCAAACUGGCAAAGUCUUGGCCAACUCUAAACAUGCUAAUAAAGAUCAUUGGGAACUCAGUUGGAGCUUUAGGAAACCUGACCUUGGUGCUAGCUAUCAUUGUCUUCAUAUUUGCUGUGGUUGGUAUGCAGCUGUUUGGUAAAAACUAUGAGAACUGUAAGUGCAAAAUUUCAGAAGACUGUACACUUCCACGCUGGCACAUGAAUGACUUUUUCCACUCAUUCUUGAUCGUGUUCCGAGUGCUUUGUGGAGAAUGGAUAGAAACCAUGUGGGACUGUAUGGAAGUUGCAGGUCAAGCCCUUUGCCUGACAGUCUUCAUGAUGGUUAUGGUGAUUGGAAACCUGGUGGUACUAAACCUCUUCCUGGCAUUAUUAUUGAGUUCUUUCAGUUCAGACAGCCUUGCUGCUCCAGAACAGGAAACUGAAGCAAAUAAUCUACAGAUUGCUAUAGCAAGAAUUCAGAGGGGAAUAGAUUACGUAAAGUGGAAGAUAUGUGAAUGUAUGCAAGCUGUUUUUUUGCAAAGAUGCAAGGCCGCCACUGGAUUAAGUUCAGCUGAUGAACAAAAUGAUAAGAAAGAUCAAUGCAUUCCCAACCACACAGUAGCGGAAAUCAACAAAACGUUUGAUUAUCAGAGGCCUAAAAUAACAACUACCAGCUGCAUGGACAGCAGUGAUCACAUGUCAUUCAUAAACAAUCCAAAUCUCACUGUGACCGUACCGAUAGCAGUGGGAGAGUCUGAUUUUGAACAUUGCAACACAGAGGAACUUAGCAGCAUAUCCGAACUUGAAGAAACUAAAGAAAAAUCAAGCCUUUCCAGCUCCACUGAAGGUAGCACAAUUAUUUUGGCAAGUGUUGGAGAGGAAGAAACUGAUGCUGUAGCAAAAGGCCCACCACAACCAAAGUCUUGUUUUACCGAAGGUAUGUACCAACUUUAUUGUGGUGAUUGUGUGUAGAAUAACACUGGAUUUAUUUUGGCAGGUUUGCAAAUUACUGCCUUUUCAGCCCUUGCUUUCGCCCAGAAUGUACUUUGUUAAUCUAUAUGAUACCACCAGGAAUUCUGAUAUAUCAACAAUUGAUAAAUUGUUUAUCAAAAAACAAUCGAUAUCUGUCUUUCUACUGCUGUGCCAUGAUUUAUCUUUUCUGGCUAGUAACCUUUAGGUCAUAUGUUAUUAUGGAAUCAAUUUCUUGGCCUCUGAAGAAAAAAAAAUGCAAGUUUAGAAAAGACUGUGAAACUUCAAGCCCACUUGUAAUGUGACUGACAGUAAUUUUUGGAAUUAGAAAAUGAGAAUUAGGUUGUA